AUGGGCUCUCAGCCUUCCAAACCAGUAGAGACGAAAGUCUUCACUCCCAAAACACAGGUAGAUUUUAGUUCGACGCUUCUUGCGCAGUUGGAACAGUCGACAGAAGGCGAUUACGCCAGACAACAAGUGGCUAGCAAAUACCUCGAACAGAGAGUUUCGGACCGUUUAUCACAAUUGGAAGAAGAGACGCUGAAAAAAUUCGAGGACAAGCUUAAUACCUCCUUACUUUCAGACAACAACCAAUCCAACCAAGAGGUUUCAUCCCAGGCACUAAGCGACAAAAUCUCUCACCUCAACAAGCGCUUGAACAAGAUCAAAGAAAAUCAGGCCAAGAAAGUGGCUAACAAGGACCUCAAGGAAAGCAAAGAGAACCUUGUCAAAUGUUUACGAGACAACGAAGGUCAGCCUCUAAAUUGUUUCGAGGAAGUACGUAACUUCAAAAAACUAGCUCUAGCUCAAUGA